AUGUUAUUAAUUUGUAAAUCUUAUCCACCCAUCCCUUAUAGGUUAAGAAUUUUAGCAAGAGUUUCUUAUUUUCUAUUGCAUCAUCUCCAUAUUGAUUUUGAUACCCUCUGGAAUUUUAGAACUAGAUUAUACUUUGAUUUUUGUUGUUGGGCCAUUACUUAUAUAGACUUUAAAAUGUUUAAGUUUAUUUUUAAAUUACCAUUAACAUGUAAUAUUAUAUUAGUUUUAGGUGUACAACAUAGUGAUGAGAAAUUUGUAUCAGACUUUGGUAAUUUUAAUAAAUUAUUUAUCCUGUCAGCCUGA